ACGCUGUCAAGCAGGUUAGCAUGGAGCACGUCUCACUCUGGGGAAUUCUUUUGCUGAGUGCUCUCACCUGCUAUGAACAAAGCCAAGGUGAGUCCCAUUCUUCUCUCCACACCAGUAGACAAAAUGAAGACACUCCCCAGUAGACAACAUGAAGACACACACCAGUAGACAACAUGAAGACACACCCCAGUAGACAACAUGAAGACACACCCCAGUAGACAACAUGAAGACGCACCCCAGUAGACAACAUGAAGACGCACCCCAGUAGACAACAUGAAGACGCUCCCCAGUAGACAACAUGAAGACGCUCCCCAGUAGACAACAUGAAGACGCACCCCAGUAGACAACAUGAAGACGCACCCCAGUAGACAACAUGAAGACGCACCCCAGUAGACAAGAUGAAGACGCACCCCAGUAGACAAGAUGAAGACGCACCCCAGUAGACAAGAUGAAGACGCACCCCAGUAGACAAGAUGAAGACGCACCCCAGUAGACAAGAUGAAGACGCACCCCAGUAGACAAGAUGAAGACGCACCCCAGUAGACAACAUGAAGACGCAUCCCAGUAGACAACAUGAAGACGCAUCCCAGUAGACAACAUGAAGACGCAUCCCAGUAGACAACAUGAAGACGCUCCCCAGUAGACAACAUGAAGACGCACCCCAGUAGACAACAUGAAGACGCACCCCAGUAGACAACAUGAAGACGCACCCCAAUAGACAACAUGAAGACGCACCCCAGUAGACAACAUGAAGACGCACCCCAGUAGACAACAUGAAGACGCACCCCAGUAGACAACAUGAAGACGCACCCCAGUAGACAACAUGAAGACGCACCCCAGUAGACAACAUGAAGACGCACCCCAGUAGACAAGAUGAAGACGCACCCCAGUAGACAACAUGAAGACGCACCCCAGUAGACAACAUGAAGACGCACCCCAGUAGACAACAUGAAGACGCACCCCAGUAGACAACAUGAAGACACUCUCCAGUAGACAACAUGAAGACGCACCCCAGUAGACAACAUGAAGACACUCCCCAGUAGACAACAUGAAGACGCACCCCAGUAGACAACAUGAAGACACACACCAAGCCGCCCAGAGCUGUUUUAACUCUGCAGCCUAAACGGACACCGACGGGGAUAUACCAAGGAGAGACCGUCACUCUCCGAUGUGACAUACAGGACGACGGAGUCACUGACUGGGAGCACCGGUGGUACAGAGGUCUCAACGGCCUCGUUCACUCCUCUAGUCAGAAUGAAUACAGUCUCGGUCCUGUUGAACCGUCUCAUAAUGGUGUCUACAGCUGUAUGGGAGUACGGAUUAGUAACUCCCAGAAGUCCAGCAUCAGUGACAACGUCACACUCACCGUGUCAUGGAUGGUUUCUCCUCACCUGACCAUGUCUCCUUCAUGGUGGGCGAAUGCUGGAGACUCAGUAACGCUGAGCUGUGAGGUUGGAGAUUCGUAUACAGGCUGGAGGUUCUCCUGGUACAAGGCUGUACCCUACAGGGAAGGGUUCCCCUCUUAUCCAGACAGGGACUUCUUUCCAGAGCUGCUACCGGACAGUGACGGUGGGGCUGGAGGCUCCUACUCUCUCAGCCUGGUUGGUCUGAGUCACAGAGAGAGAUAUGUGUGUAGAGCUGAGAGAGGAGACCCAGUCUAUUACACACACUUCAGUGAACUCAAGUUUCUCUGGGUAGAAGGUCAGUCUCCUUCAGCCUCUCUGACUGUCAGUCCCAACAGAGUUCAAUUUUUUUACAAUGAGUCUGUCUCGCUGGGCUGUGCUGUGCAGGGGGACUCUAAUAGAUGGAGAGUGAAGAGGUACUUACGAUGGGAAGAACCCAAAGUAUUGGAGUGUCCUACUGACUGGGGAUCAGUGACAGGAUCCACGUGCAUCUUCACAACUACAGAUGUCUGGUCAGACACUGGCGUGUACUGGUGUGAGUCUGAGUCGGGAGAGUACAGCAAUGCCGUCAACAUCACAGUGACCCUUAAGGGUGUGGCCCUGGAAAGCCCUGCCCUUCCUGUGACUGAGGGAGAUUCUGUGACUCUACGCUGCAGAUAUCAGGGGUCUCCAUCCAACCUCAGUGCCGAGUUUCAUAAAUGGAUGGACAAUGGCUACCUCACUAAGACUGAGCUAACAGGAGAGAUGACCAUCCCUGCAGCAACACAGUCAGAUGAAGGAUGGUACCGGUGUAAACAACUAGACCAGGGAGAAUCACAUGGGAGCUGGGUGUCUGUGAGAGCUCCAGACCCAGUGUGGUCCAUCUCUUUGCUCAUUCUGCUGUGUAGUUUACUGGUGGUUUCUAUCUUCCUGCUGGUGACCAUUGCACUGGUGGUGAAAUGCUGUAAGGCUCGAGCAGCUCGAUCAAGAGACAAGAGAAAUGACAGAAACACCACUGACCAAGUCAUCAGUAUUGAAUUACCAUGAGAGAUGGAGGAGGGGGGGGGGGGGCUGACCCAAGUGUUCAAUAUGUAUGUUCGAGCUUUGAGUAAGACAUUUUAUUUUAUUUUUUAUAAAUGAAUGUGGACAUGCAGUAUUUGAUUGAUUUUCAAUGACCGAGAGAGAUAUGAGAUGAAGAGUAGACACAAAGUAGGGCUAGGUGCCAGCAUUCGUAUCCACGCAGCAUGGGAAUACGUUGUGAUGGUAACCAGGAAGACUACUGUACUCCCUCGCCCUUGUAGUUUUUCAACUUUUGUCAUUUUUUUAAUGGGCAAAAACUAAAUAAAAUGCAUCUGGUAGAAGUAUAUUCAUCCACAACCACAUUUAUUUUACAUUUAUCUUAAAUGCGUUUUCGUGAAUUUGAUGAGAUUAGCUUGAGGCCCAUUCAGUACACAUGGGACAUGAUUGGACAGUUAUGGGGAAGUUACUUUCACACUGGAUUGGUUAUGUGCCACAAAGCCAUCCUCAGCCACACCUUUUCUAUUAUUUUUAGUCAUUUUUUUAUUUUUUAUUUUUAAAUUUAAUUGAUUGGUUUCUUUUACUAAAUAUUCAGUCUGUAGGUCUUUCCAUGAUACUAUAACAUAGGCCUGCAAAACUGUAAAAUGUUGUAAAAUCUAUUUGUCUUAAAUAUCAGUCUAAAUGGAUUGGCAACUUUUCUUGGUUUUAAUGUACGUUUGUUUUAGAGUGACAGGAGCUGUGGAAUUUAAUGUUAAAUAGAAAUACUUUAUUUUAUGUUUUUGCCAAUAAAAUAUAUUUUCAGUCUGA